CAUCAUCAUCAUCAUCAAUUAACACUUAAAUUGUCUCCCUAAACUCAGUUGGUAGCAUAUAAAAUAAAUUUUGUUUCCUCAAAGACUCCCCAUAAAUUCGGCUUCAGUUUCAAUGAAAUGAAAUGAAGCAGACUUGAAGCGCUCCAGGCUUUCUGGGUAAAAUAAAAUGUAACGAUGAAGACUCUAUCACAGCUGUAUAUUUUCUUUGGGAGGAACUUGGACGGGAGCGUCUGAAGGCGCGUUCUCUGCAGCGCAUAUGGUCACAAGACUUGGGCAUGAGCGAGCAAAAACAUCGGCACGCUGACAGGUCGGCUCUAGGCUCACAGGCCCUCAGAUCCUGUCCUCUGCAUCCAACAGGUUGCGUCUUUUGGAGAACUGGUCUCCUGCGCGCUUCAGCGUUCCUGUCUUCUCUUUCUUUAAUCAGUGAGGUUCGUGUAUUUUAAUUUAAUUUGAUUUUUUUUUGUGUAAAGUUUUAGAGUUGCGUUUUUUCUAACAUGAUCCGGUGAUUCAUCUAUGUAGGAAUGUUGAUUUUACAUGAAAUCAAACGUUGAUUUCAAACAGAGUGAUGAUUUGGCGCGCAAAGGAGUUGCGCACACCAAAGUGAACGAGUGUCUCUUGGGGGAAAAAUUACACCGAAGAUGUCAACAUUGCUCUACCACCCACUCGAAACCGAUUGUAUUACCUUCAAGAAGGUGGCUCUCCGUAUAAAUAGGAACGCAUUAUUUGAAGAAAGACGGUGCUGAGCGCAAUCUGCUGGCUGUUCUUACGCAUCGGGACCACAGACCACACCUGGAAGAUUUUCCACAAGACAAGUGUGCCCACUCUCCAGGACAUUAGCAUCUUUAAUUAUUAAACUGACAGUGAAGCCAUGCAUGUGGAGAGGAAGUGGCACAUACUGUUGACUAUCUUCUUUCUGCUCAUCACCUCGGGUCAGUGCAUGGACAGCAAGGAGGUCAAGCAGAAAGAAAGAAGGACCCUGUUGGAUCUAAUCUUACAGGUUAUCAGGGACAGCCAGCAACGGGAGAAACCCGUGUCAAGGCGCUGUGGAGGCGCACCUCACUCCUCAGCUCAAGACAUCAAGUUCUCCUCUCGGGAAAAGCCUUUCUAUGUCCCCAGGCUGGACAACAGCAGACUCAUAGAUAUCGCUGCUAGAGAAGCACACCUGAAAGAAAAAUUCAUUCAGCAUUUUGGAGCAGGACAUGUCAAGUUCUCACCCGAGUGCAAAACACACUUUCAUAGAUUAUAUCACAACACAAGGGAUUGCUCAACACCAACAUAUUACAAAAGAUGUGCAAGAUUGCUAACACGACUAGCAAUGAGCCCACUCUGCAUGCAAUCGUAGAUUUUACAUGUCCCUGUAUAAUGGAAGAGGGAUCAAUGUGUUGCCAAGUGCCUUCAAACCCACAGCAAACAUGAGAACAUAUUUGUGUUUAAAAAACAUCUUUUUGUUGUUAUUACUGAAAAUGAUGAAUGGAAAGUGUUAGUUGCUGUUUUGAUGGAUCUGAAUGGAACAUGUAUUUUUAAGUAAUUUAAUUUAAAUGCACCUAUUUAUUGAACGACUUACUGAUCAUUUAAAAAAGUGAUUAUUUUGGUUAUAAAGGUUAUAUUUGAUGGAGAGAAGUUUUUAUAUAUAUAUAUAUAAAUUCCACUGUUACAACCACACUGAUAUUAUGCUCCAUCGUUGUCUUCAUUAAACUUUAUUUGGCACUUGAGUGAUUGUUGAAAAAGAGAUUCUAUGAAGUAAUGGUGAUUACUCACUGCAUUAUUAAUAAAGAAUAUUGAAGCACAGAAGAUUUUGUCAUUACUGGAGUGAAGGAGGAAGUGGAGGCAGGUGGUGUGAGGGCCAAGGCCGUAGAUGGAGCACUGGGGAGUGGACGGCUCAUUAACUGGCAACGUGCUUGGUGUCUUUGUCCAAAUGUCUUCUCUUUUACAUAAGAAUGCAGUCUUCUUGUCAACUAAUAUUUAAAAUUCAUACCAAAAACUCUGAACAAGUCUGGCAUUCAGCUGAUAAAUUCCUAUUUUUUGCUGUCUUAAAGGUGCGGUGUACAAGAGUAAGAUUUUUACAGUGAAAUAAUCCCAAAACAGUCUAACGUCUCCGUCGUGUUGGAAGGAAUGUUAUAAUGAAACAUAUUUCAUUCUCAGUUGGCUGGGGGCUUGUCAGUUUUUCUCCUUUCAAAAUAAAGGGGAAAAGGACAUAGCUACUGCUUACCAUUUGUGAGUGUAGGGUUACCGUGUCUCUUAUGAGCUAACGCUGCAUCACCAGCAUUUGUAAUUCGACUACAGACAACAAAAAGCUCCAGAGUUGUUCAAAGCUUCAAAGCUAUAACAAGAGUGACCCAAAAGUAAUUUCUUGUACCCCUAAGAAGUCAUGGCAUCUUUUUGUUUUACUCUAAAAUUGAGAACAGAGGGCUAGAGGCUAACAUUGAGCUAACAAAGCUAAUGGUGAAAUAGAAGCAAAUUGUCAGCUCUAAAAACAUCUCAAGAUACCUUUUCAAUUGCAAAUAACUCGAUAUUACAAUGAAAUGUAAGUGUGAAGUGAAUAAUGAGUCAAUUGUGGCGUUUUACUUCCUUAAAUGAGUCGUUCGGAUUCAUAACAGCAAGCUAACAGCAAGACAGCAAACAUCCACUCUUCCUCCAUGCCAAGGCAUAUUACCAUACUAAACAUAGUAAUUGUAUCAUUCUUUUGUUCCCUGGACUAGCUCUAUACCCUUAGGGGGGUCCUGGAGGGUGCACGGGCGUUCACCCAACAAUCUACAUGUGUUUUGUGGAUUUGGAGAAGGCGUUCAACCUUCAACCACGUCCCUCAGGAGGCUCUGUAGGGGCACUUGGGGAGUAUGGGGUACCUGGCUCUCUGAUAGGGACUGCAAAUCCCUUAUAUGACCGGUGUCAGAAAUUGGUCGGUAUUGUUGUAAGUCAGGCUCGUUUUCAAUGAGAGUUGGACUCCUCUAAUGCUGCCCUUUGUCACUGAUUGUGUUCAUAACUUUUGUGGACAGGAUUUCUAGGCACAGCCAAGGUGUUGAGAUUAGUUUUGGUGGCCCGAGGAUCAGAUCUCUGCUUUAUGGAGAUGGUUCUGUUGGCUUCAUCAGAACAUGAUCUCCAGCUUUUGCUGGGUAUCUGGUUAUGAUGUAUCCUGGACACCCACCUCGUGAGGUUUUCUAGGCACUUUCCAAUCGGGAGAAGACCUAAAGGAAGGCCCAGGACACUUUGGAGGGACUAUGUCUCUUGGCUUUCCAGCGAAAGACUCAUGAUUCCCCUGGAGGAGCUGGCCCAAGUGGCUGGGGAGAGGGAAGUCUGAGCUUCCCUGCUUAGGCUACUGCCCUCGCAACCCUACCCUAGAUAAGCUGAAAAUGGAUGGAUG